CAGAGUCGCUGGUGGCCGAUAACUGUGUGACCCUGGCCUGGAGGAUGCCUGACGAUGAUGACAGCAAGAUUGACCACUACGUGCUGGAGUAUCGCAGGACCAACUUCGAGGGGCCACCCCGAGCCAAGGAGGACCAGCCCUGGAUGGUGGUUGAGGGCAUCAAGGGCACUGAGUACACUCUCUCAGGGCUGAAGUUUGACAUGAAAUACAUGAAUUUUCGGGUGAGGGCAUGUAACAAGGCCGUGGCAGGUGACUUCUCCGAGCCAGUCACCUUGGAGACAAGAGCCUUCCUGUUCAGACUGGAUGCCAGCACGUGCCACCUGAACCUGCGGGUGGAGGAGCUGAGCGUGGAGUGGGAUGCCACGGGGGGGAAGGUGCAGGACGUCAAGGCACGGGAGAAAGAUGGCAAAGGCAGGACAGCCUCACCUGCCAACUCACCUGCCAGGGUGGUGCAGUCACCCAAGAGGAUGAGCCUGGGCCGUGGGGGCAGAGAUCGCUUCACUGCCGAGUCCUACACGGUCCUGGGUGAGA